CUGCAGGAUGAAGAAGAGGGACGUGUGUAGCUGGGAGACAGAGUUCCCUAUGUCAUCAUCAAAGCUACCAAAGGAGUAGCAGCAUACAUGAAGUCUGAGGACCCAAUCUAUGUUCUGGAGAACAGCAUUCCCAUUGACACCCAGUACUACCUGGAACAACAGCUCUCCAAGCCACUGCUCCGCAUCUUUGAGCCCAUCCUGGGAGAGAGCAAAGCAGAGAGCGUCUUACUGAAGGGGGAUCACACACGCUGUAAGAGGGUGGGGGGGCUCAUGGCCUUUGCCACCAAGAGGAGCGCCUGUAUCGGUUGCAGAGCAGUGCUGAAGGACAAUGCGGCUGUGUGUGAUUUCUGGAAGGAGGAGGAGUCGGAGCUGUACCAGAAAGAGCCGGGGACUGCCCCAUAUUCUACAUGAGGAAGAAGGUGCAGAAAGACCUGGAUGAUCAGGAGAAGCUGGUGUCUCGCUUUGGAUGGUGAGAGGCAGAGCCAACAGACUCCAUAUUAACCGGCUCCCCUCUCCCCCUCUUUCCCUCUCCUGGAAAGAAUUUGUACUGUAUUGUCUUGUAAGAAUUAUAAAUGUUACACUAUUUUCUUGAAAUAUGAAUCUAAAUAAAUGGCAUUUCUUGUAGAAAUGUGUCUUGUCAUUGUUGUCUGUCUUCAGUCUAGAAGACCUCCGUUGU